AUGAGUGCACGCCAGUUAGCUGGCUCGAGUGGACUGUCGGAUCAGGCCGUUUUGUCAAAACUGCUGAAGAGAAAGGUAAGAUCCACUUCAAGUAUUUCAUCGAAAGACGGGACAAAUGAGAAAAAGAGAGCGAGUUCAAACAAUUCUGUGAUAAAAACAACAUCAAAAAAUCCUAACCAAAAGCAAACAUAUGUUAAUUCACAUAACCUCCCUAACUCCACAAAUACUGAAAUGAAUACUUUAAUUAUUGAAAAUAAUAACUCUGCGACCCAUAUCAUUGAAUCUAUACUAGAACAUGAUGCUAACAACACUGGAGUACCAGAAAAUGUUGUUCAGAGUUCAAAUGCAACAAAUACACCAUCAACAAUAAAUAGUAUCCCUAACGUUCCGGUCAGUAAUAGGUUUGAACCUCUUUCUACGGAAAUGGAAGACGAACCUGACGAAACAAUAGUUACUCAUCAACCACCUCCAAUUAAAAUAAAAGGCAUAACAAACUUCCAAACUCUCUGCACGAAUUUAGUAAGCCUUUUAGGAGAAAAUAAUUUUGAAUAGGCGGAACACGACCGACUUACUUACACCGUCCCUAUCUCGCAAAAACUACACAACACGACUUACGCACAGGCAACGUGUACUAAAACUACAUAUCACAACACAACACCACAAUUCACAACUGCUCAAACAACGAGUGUAACUCCUCACUACGCAAUCUCUCACAAUAUAGCUCCUCAUCAUACAACUCAAAUUACAAAUCCCAAAACUUCAAAUGAAUCUUCUCGUUAUGUAAUCCCUCACAAUAUCAUUCCUCAUCAUGUAGCUCCUCAAAUUACAAAUCCCCAAACUUCAAAUAUAUCUCCUCACAAUACCAUUCCUCAUCAUACGACUCCUCAAAUUACAGAUCCUCGAACUCCAAAUAUAUCUUCUCAAUACACUACUUCUCAUACCACAAGUAUAAUUCCUCAGCACUCAAUAAACCAAACGAGUAUAAUCCCUGACCGUUCAGUACCUCAUUAUACCCAACCUCAAUACAUACCCUGGAUCGGCUACCAACCUACCCACACGGUAGCCUCGCUGACAGGUGUCACUGCUCCACAGGGCGGUAUUCCUUCCCCGACCCACCUUCUGGGUCUUUGUCAUAGCCGGGGUAUCGCAGGCAAAUCAGAUGGAUCUGUGCUCAGUCCGGAGCGAGGUGCCCUUGCAAUUUUGAAGUAA